CACUUGAUUUUCCUCAAUUAUGCUCUUUUAUAUUUUAGUAGCAAGUCCCGUCUUGUCUCUCUCGUGAUAUGCUUAUGCUCUAACAGAAUCCUAGCUGAUUCUCUUUCGUCUCAACGACUGUGCAUCAUGUAACUACGUUUGUCAAGGAUUGUUCUGUAACCCUGUGUUUUUUUAGGGGGAAAAAAAAGUCGUUCUCCAAUGAUUGAAUCUUUGCGAGUGCCUCUAGGAGAACACCCAUCUGAUGACUUGGAGGAUCGAACCUGGGAGCUGUCACUAGGAUCCCAUUGUGCCUCUAGGAACACCCAUCUGAUGGCUUAGAGGAUCGAACAUGGGAGCUGCCACUAGGAUCCCAUUGUGCCUCUAGGAACACCCAUCUGAUGACUUGGAGGAUCGAACCUAGGAGCUGCCCCUCCCAAAUCGUCACUUUUCUCCGUACUCACACCAGUUGGGCUAUGUGACCUUUGAUUUUUUUUUUCCUUUUCAAAAUAUUGAAAUAGUAGCUUUGUUGCCCCAAAUUCUUUCUUUAUUUCUUUUCCAUUCAAAAUGGUCGCACGUUGCUUUUAUUAAUGGAAGUCUUGGAAGACAAAGUAUAGAAGCUUUGCCCAUAAUUUUUUUCGUAGCUUUUAUUAUGAAAAAGAAACUUAUAAUUAUAGACUGAUAGUUGGGGAAUGUAUGUUCAAGAUCAUUAUAUAGUAAAAUCACAUUUGAGUUUGGGGUACGAUUUUUUAGAAUUGUUUGUGCGAUUUUCACAUUUAGCUAACGGCAUAGCACAAAUAGCAUAUCGAAAGUUUCAUAAUAUAAAUGAUACAUUGGCUAAGGUUGCUAUAUUUAGUUGUAUUAGUCUUUAAAAAUGAAAAUGGUAAUGAUUGGUCAUUCAUGAUAUUCAUUUCAAACGUAUAAUUAAAUUAUUUUACUACAACAUAACCAAUAAAAUAACAUGUACAUCACACUUUUCAAUAUAAUCCAGUAUUAUACUUUGUCACAUGAAUUUUAUAAUUGCCGAAGAAAACAACGUAUCUAUCACACUUACCUAUAUACUUUUCCCCUCCCUCCAUCCCUUUCACUUUCCCCCCAUAAAAUAACAUUUUCUCUCCAAUUCCCUUCCCCUCCAAAUUUUCCCUCCCUCCUUUUCUUCCCCUACUUCGGAAACAGGGGGUAAGCAUCAUGGCUUAAAUUCAUUAUUAUGGUGUGUCAACGGUCAACCAGCCGAGCCGAGUCUGUUCCAUUUUAAAUAAUUAAACCCAGACUUUGUUAAUUAUUAUGUAAUUAUUGUUAUUCUACACGCCGCCCGGACGGGGACGAUCCAUUAUUCAACUAGCCAAACGGAAAACGAUAAGGAAGAAAAGAAUGGGACGAACGAGCAGUUUGCAAGAGCCAAAGGUUCCGCUGACCGCCUGAAACAUUCAGAAACCUUGAGAAAGGAAGAAAUCUAACCUGCUGCGGGGAGCGGCGGCGACAAUUGGAUUACCGGAGGCGAGAGAACCGAACAAGGAAGGAUAACGGAAAAACUUUGAUGUCAAAUUGAGUUGUAUCGGAGACGGGAAAGAUGGAGACUAACGGCGCCGGCGGCGGUGGAGGAAGCAGCAGCAGCAAGAGGAGCGAAAUAGGAAAGCCAAUUAUAGGAAUGGUUUGCGGUACGCUGGUGUACUACCACUGUGCUCAUCGGAAUUCCAGCCUUCUCUCCCUCCUCUCCGACGUCUUCAUCGUCCUCCUCUGCUCCCUCGCCAUUCUCGGCCUUCUCUUCCGCCAAUUGAACAUCUCGAUUCCUGUAGAUCCACUGGAGUGGCAGAUCUCUCAAGACACUGCUAAUAGUAUUGUUGCAUGGUUUGCUAACACCAUAGGAGCAGCUGAAUCUGUGUUGAGGGUUGCAGCAACUGGACAUGACAAGAGGUUAUUCUUUAAGGUUGUAAUCUGUCUCUACAUACUAUCGGCAUUGGGACGAUUGGUUUCAGGGGUCACUGUUGCAUAUGCUGCAUUGUGUAUGUUCUGCCUGUACAUUCUGGCCGACACCUCAGAAAAAUGCAGCAGUUGUCUCUCUUGGCUGUUGGGCCGUAGCAACAGCACCUCUGCAGAACCAGAUAGCUAGCAAGCCAAGUUGAACCAGGUUUUGUUUGGCCGAAGUAACAGCACAAUUCCAGAAUCAGAUAGCUAGCGAGCUAAGCUCAAAUCAAUUUGCGGACCACAAAUCUCGUGUGUUCUUCAGCAGCUUUUCUCCAUCUAACUACUUGAAGGGCGUUGGUUGUUUUUUCUGU